AUGCCGCAGCCACCGCCGCCGCUCGCAGCGCCGCUCUGGCGCUCCCUGCGGACGUACCAAAUCUUCGGCGCCAACACCGAGGUCGGCAAGACGGUCUUCUCGACGCUGCUGGCCAAGGCGGCGGCCAGACGGAGUGCCCCCGGCGGCGUGGCGUUUCUGAAGCCCGUUUCGACGGGGCCGGACAGUGAAGCUGAUGAUCGGUGUAUUCACAUCACCAAAUUCGCUCCGGACGUCUCCAACAAGACUCUGUUCCAGUAUAAAAUCCCCGUCAGCCCACACAUUGCAGCUCGCCUCUCCAAUGCAACAAUCCCCUCCAACGAGGCCCUCCUCUUCCAGACCCGCGACUACGCAGCCCAAUGCGCAAACAUAGGCCGGAAAUGGCUGUUUGUGGAAACCGCCGGCGGCGUGCACUCGCCCGGUCCCUCGGGCACGACGCAGGCCGACAUGUACGCGCCCCUGCGGCUGCCGGUUGUGCUGGUGGGCGAUUCGCGGCUGGGAGGCAUCUCGUCGACGAUAUCGGCGUUUGAGUCGCUUCGCAUGAGGGGCUACGAUGUUGAGUCGGUGGUGUUGUUCAAGGAGGACAGGUAUCAGAACUAUGAGUACCUGUUGGAAUACUUCGCGGAGCAUCAUGAUGUGCCCGUCGCGGGCGUGGUCGAGCCGCCGGGGAGAAAGUCGAGUCUGGAGGAGGACGUUGGAGCAAUGGCGCAGUAUUACGAAGAGCAGUCGCAGCACAAGGACACGAGCGGCGUCAUUUCUCACCUGGACGACCGUCACGAGCGACGGAUUGCGCGACUCAACUCCAUGGCCGCCGACGCACUGCAGAACAUUUGGUAUCCCUUUACGCAGCAGAGCCUUCUCUCUCCCAAGGACAUCAAUGUCAUCGAUUCCGCCCACGGCGACCACUUUCAGACAUUGUCGCCUUGCUCCACAACAUCACAACCGGACAGCCUCCUCCGGGCGUCGUUCGACGGCUCUGCCUCAUGGUGGACGCAGGGCCUCGGCCACGCCAACCCCAAGCUGACCCUCGCUGCCGCCUACGCCGCCGGCCGCUACGGCCACGUCAUGUUCGCCAGCGGCAUCCAUCGUCCCGCGGCGGAACUAUCCACCACUCUGCUCAAGGGCAUGGACAACCCCCGACUCAGCCGCGUCUUCUUCUCCGACAACGGCAGCACCGGCAUCGAGGUCGCUCUCAAGAUGGGUCUCCGGGCGGCGAAACUCCGAUACGGAUGGGCUGCGGAGGAGAAGCUCGGCGUCGUUGGCCUCAGGGGGUCAUAUCACGGCGACACCAUUGGCGCCAUGGACUGCUCGGAGCCGAGCGGGUAUAACGAAAAGGUCGAGUGGUAUGACGGCAAGGGGCAUUGGUUCGACUAUCCGACUGUCUUGUGUGUCGACGGCAAGUGGCGUGUCAAUGUUCCCCAGGAGCUGAGGGAGGCUCUGGGCGAGGAUGCGGAUUUCGGGUCGCUGUCGGACAUUUUUGACGUCCAGGGGAGGGAGCAGAAGGGCCAUCAUCUUCGCUACGAGGCCUUUAUUCGAGAGACGCUGGAGAGGCUCCAGAAGCAGGGCCGCAGGUUUGGCUCCGUCAUCAUCGAGCCGGUUGUUCUCGGUGCUGGCGGCAUGGCCUUGGUAGACCCCCUCUUCCAGCGCGCCCUCGUCAACGUCGUGCGCAAAUCGCCAGACCUCUUCCGCAAGCCAAACGCAUCCUUCGAGUCCCCCAGCAGCCCUACCGCAUGGACGGGUCUGCCCAUCAUCUUCGACGAGGUCUUCACGGGUCUCUACCGUCUCGGCCGCUUCUCGUCGUCUUCUUUCCUCGAGACGCAUGCCGACGUCUCCGUCCACGCGAAGCUUCUCACGGGAGGCCUCGUUCCGCUUUGCACGACGCUUGCUUCGGAGAACAUCUUCGAGGCGUUUAGCUCCCAGGACAAGACGGAUGCGCUGCUGCACGGGCACAGCUACACGGCCCAUCCCGUAGGCUGCCAGGUUGCCCUGGAGUCACUCAAGGAGAUGCAAAAGAUGGACCGCGGCGGAUCCUGGAGCUGGGCCAAGUCGCAGGGCUGGACGACCCCUGGCACGCCUGUCGUCGGUGAACAGCCCGCCGCUGAUGUCUGGUCGACCUGGCCUCGGGAUUUGGUAGAGGACCUCUCUCGCCAAACUGAACGCGUGUCCGGCAUCUGGGCCCUCGGCAGUGUUCUCGCCAUCCACUUGAAGGACGCAUCUGGCACGGGAUACUUUAGCGAUGCGGCGCAGAGUGUUCGAGAUGGGCUGAUUGCGGGCGAUAGGGAGGGUGUCAAUGGGCCGUGGAACGUGCAUUGCAGGGUUCUUGGGAAUGUGCUGUAUCUGAUGGCGGGACAGAAGACGACGGAGGAGAGUAUUGCGCGGAUCGGGUCGUUGCUGCGAGAGAGGUUGAAGGAGUGA